AGGGGAAGUAGAGAGACAGACGGAGAGAGAGAGAGACACAGGAAGUAGAGAGACAGACAGGGGAAGUAAAGAGACAGAAAGAGAGGCAGAGAGAAAGACAGGGAGAGUAGAGAGACAGAAAGAGAGAGAGAGAGAGCCAGGGGAAAUAAAGAGACAGUUGAUGAAGGAGUUGACAGAAAGAGAAGCAGGAGAGGCUUAGGUGAAUGAGAGAGACAAGAAGUUGGAAUGGACAGAAGACAGAAGAUGGAAGAUGGAAAGAGAAUGUUUGAGGGAUAGCGGGAGCGAUUGAGAGAGCGAGAGAGAGAGAGAGAGAGAGAGAGACGGGGGGGAUUGUGGAGGAUCAGAGAACAGCCUUCUGUCAGCGGUAACUGCGUGUCCCUGGCGUGAUCCGAGCGCGUUCCUAGCGGGUUGUCUCCCUCCGUCGGGGCAUGCGGAGCGGCGAUGGGCUUCCUAGAGAACUACCAGGAGAUCGACCCGGUCACCCUGAACCUCUGCAUCCUCAUCGCCAGCUACGUCAUCCUGCUGCUGGUCUUCCUCAUCUCCUGCAUCAUGUAUGACUGCCGCGGCAAGGACCCCUCCAAGGAGUACGCCCCGGAGCCCCAGCCCACCCAGUCGCCCAUCCGGCUGGUGGUGAUGCAGAGCACCCCCGGCGCCGCCGCCGCCGCGCGCUGGGACCCCACCAGCAUCAUCCCCAGCUACCACGACUCGCCGCAGGCCGACUCCCGCCCCAAGAAGAGCACCACGGUCUGACCUCCGACCCUUGAC